AUGUUUGCGCGCCUUCUGCUCGUUCUGGCUAUUGAUGAAAUCUGCCCUGCUAUCGAAAACACCAGUCCUCGACCUCCGUACACUAAAACGUGCCCCCGAAAUCUCUACAACUGCGGUAUAGUGCCAGGACGAGAUUGUUAUACGGAUUACAAUGCAGUCGAAUAUACCACGACUGGCUUGUAUGAUGCUUUGCUAAACUGUCCGGACUCUUACUUAGUGAAAAUUAGUUUUAACGAUGGGCGUGGUGAUAUGGACAACUCACUUUGUUGCUAUGCUGACUUCACCAUAGUCCAUCUCACUAUUACAGUGCGUGCUGACUGGGUCAAAGGCAACAGUCAGCUGAUAUGCAAAAAUGGUGAAUGGCGCUACUACAGUAUGUCCUGGGAUCGUCCGCUUCGCCACAUUGCUUGCUAUCGGUAG